AUGGAUGCGUUUCGACUGGCGCUUCUCGAACCAACACUGAACAGGAUUUUCUGUACAACGACUGCCGUAGUUGGAAGGGCACCGAAAGGACUGGAAACAAUGCAAAGGCUCACCAAUUUUCUUGUAUGCCUCAGAAUUUGCUUGCGAACUUUGAUCACUUUUCGCACUAUUAUUAGCGCUAAUUCGGAUCCCAUCCGCAUCGUGGCGUGUCGAGCAAUGGCCAAUGCUGCAUUUCAUCAGUGGGGUCGUAAUCUGUUCACUCAUGAUGUUGCUACAACAGUUACUGCUGUAGCAGCACAACUGUUAAGUCCUAAACCUGCAUUACAGCUCGCAGCAGCAACAGUUUUAGCGAAUUGGGCGUUAGUAUUACUUCAGCAAACGGAAACCGAAAAAAUCGCCGAACUCGGUCCUCGAGAAGAUGUACUCCGUGUUGUUUUAAAGAUGAUUGAUGAUAUUGGCAGUUUUGGAGAUCACACUCAAGAUGCUUUGAUACGUCUGCUGCAAGCAAUCGUAACAUUGAUGUGGGGUGAUGCUUCAUUGAUAAAG